GUAUUGUCUCUUCUCUGUCUGUUCAAUAAACAUGACAAAUAUAGAGAUGACAACUAAAGAGUUUAGCAAUAUUUCUAUUAAAGAUACCAAUUCGACGGCGAAAGCUUCAAAUGUUUUUAAUUUAGCUUCCGAAGGUCAAAUUGAUCAAUUGAAACAUCUCUCCAGACAGGAACUGCACAAACGUGACGAAAAUGGUGCCAGUGUUUUACUAUACGCUGCAAAAAAUAUGCAUGUAGAAGUUAUAAAAAUGCUUAUGGAAUUGAGUCCUAGUCUGUUCUUUACAAAUGAUAACAGAGGGCAAAAUGCGCUUCACUACGCCGCAAAGAAUACAAAACUUAAUGAUAUAGACAGAAUUCUAUCGUUCAUUAACAUCUGUACGAAAUUCGAUGAAAAUUGCCUAAAAGUUCAAGAUGAGAUCGGUCUAACUCCACUACAUGUGGCAGUAAGUAGAAACAAUGAAGAAUUUGUUAAAAGCUUAAUGAAGUAUAAAAGUUACUUGAACAUUGAGGCUGUCGAUAAUUUCGGAUCGACUGCUCUUAUUGAAAGCGUCAAAUGUGGUUGGACAAAUAUAUGCAGGUAA